ACUACAUGCAAUUGUUCUUUUUCGUACCUUAAUUAUACAUGCCAAGGAAACUAACGAGAUCAUAGACAGCGAACUUCCUCAAUAAGCCAGUCGAAGACGUCUAAUGAUUGAAACCGAAUGUCGAAGCCAUUAGAACUUCUACAAGAUCAACGUGGGUAACCACAGGUAAUAUUCUACUCAAUCGGAACUAUAUUUUCAAUCUUGCACAACCACGGGCCGCUAUUGUUGUCGUUUCCUCAGCCGAAUACUAAAAAUCAGCGACAAUGGGUAGCGCCUCGCAAAGCAGUACUGUGUAGUAUACACAAGCGAAUUUGUAUGCAGCUUAAAAAAAGAUUUCCACAAGCGGUCAUUACACUUUAUGAAUCCUCCAGCUGGGGGAUGAAGAAGUAUUGUGGGCGUUCACGUCAUAAUUUUUAAUUUCAAUCAAUCGCAAAUCAACGCAAUUAUUUAUGCAUUUGGUUACAAAUUAAGUAAUAGAGAAUAAAUAAUUAGCUACAGGGUUCACCAAGAGAUAGCGAUGGGAUUGUAAUUCCUAUAAAAUCUGCAAAAAAAAAACACUACAGAAAGGAAAAUUUCUAGUAAAACUACUUGUAGUAGUAAGCUGAUGGUUCACUGACCUAAACCAGUUCUCGAAGGCGGUACUACAGUUAUAUAACUUUUUCACUUCUGAAUUGUGCGAAUGAAUGUUUUUCUCAAUACUUGUGCAUAACGAAAAUAUUAAAAGUUUGAUUUAUAAAUAAAUAAAAGUUGAUUCGAUAAAGUUUAUCGUCUGAGCUUUGUAAUAAAAUUUAAUUUUUAAUUAAAUAUUCAAAGUGCUAAAAGCUAGACGCAGCUACACUGAAAAAAUUUAAUGACACUACUUAAAAAGCAGCCAAAAUAUGAGCACGUAGAACGUGAGUUAAAAAAUGUUCCUGGUAAGCCUAAACCGUGCUAUACAAAAAAAUGUGGAAUGAGUUUGGGACCUGCCAACUGCGACGCAUCAGUUAAGAGCUGUGUUCUUUUAACAGAAAUGCUUUCGUCAUGAUCAAUCCCUUUGUCUGAAGGACAUAGCGAAUGACAAAAGACAAAAAUCUAAGGCUAUACAAAUUUUUACCACGAAUGAGUAUGAACAAAAUUAGCAAGGUCCGGAAUCGAAGUCGACCGUGUCAAAUCUCCGCCGCGUUAAGCAAUUCAUUACCUGUACCUUUUCAAAUAUGAGGCAAAAUUUCAUAUUUAUGCAAAUAUUUCUCAUUGUGCAUCACCUCUCACCAACUAUCUGCCGUUCUCUAUGCUCCCACACCCUUUACAUAAACUUGAAAACUUUUGAAGUUACUACUAAUUUAUUCUAGAAGAUAUUUCAUUAGUAAUGAUGUGCAUUUGCUAUAAAUAGUUUGCAUUCAAAGGUCCGGUUAUCCUUUCAAAUUUAAGAAUUCGCCAAAAAUUAUGGCCAACGCACCAUCCAGUACUGUCCAGUUGGAAGCAGGCAUUACAGCGCUACGCCGAGCAGGCAAGUAAUAACAUAUCACAGUUUUAUGCAGUCUUUUAACUAGCAUUUAUUGCACAAAUCUUCAGCAGAGACGAUGGAUAAGCCAGCAGUACGCACCGUACAAGCAACCAAAUAUCUUUUCAAAGGUUUUCGCGUGCUGGGCAUUUACAUGCCUGAACGUCGUAAAUGGCUUUACUUACUAUACUCACUCAUACCGAAUACUCUGGUCACUAUUUGGUUGCCGCUAUCAUUCGUCUUCAGUUAUGCUACCAUGUCCAGUGAAGAUUUGGUGCCAAGCAGCUUGCUCACGUCCAUUCAAGUGGCCAUAAACGUGAUUGGUUGUUCGGUAAAAAUAGUGGUCAUGGCUUUUCUGCUGCCAAAAUUGCGCACCGCAAACGUUUAUAUGGAUCGUUUGGAUGCGCGCUGUUGCGUUGAAGAAGAAAUCGCUGAGCUGCGAAAAAUUGUACAACAGGGUAAUCGUUUCGUUGUACUCUUCGCCAUGUCAUACUGGAGUUAUGCGUCGAGCACGUUCCUCGGCUCGGUAAUUUUUGGACGACCGCCUUAUGCUUUGUACAAUCCCAUUAUUGACUGGCGCAAGUCAAAGCUGGCGUUCAUAACAGCAUCGCUCAUGGAAUUCGCACUCAUGGAUGUCGCCUGCUUUCAACAGGUUGUAGACGACUCUUAUGCCGUAAUUUAUGUAUGCAUACUGCGUACGCAUAUGCGUAUUUUGUUGAUGCGCCUCAAAAGGUUGGCCACCAGUGCCGAAACGAUUUUGGAGGAAAAUUUGGAAGAAUUGAAGCUUUGUAUAAUUGAUCAUAAGAACCUGUUAGGGCUCUACGACGUUGUUGCGCCCAUAAUUUCCGUUACAAUCUUUAUACAAUUCAUGAUCACCGCUAGCAUACUGAGCGCCACGCUCAUCAACAUCUUCAUAUUCGCCGAUCAGCUGUCGGCGCAAAUCGCAUGCUGUUUCUACAUACUGGCGGUAGUUGUUGAGAUAUUUCCGCUAUGCUACUAUGCGCAGUGUCUCAUGGACGACAGCGAACGCCUGUCGCAACAGAUAUUUCACUCCAAUUGGAUUGCACAGGAUGUACGCUUUAGAAAAAUGCUGGUUUUCUUUAUGCAGCGCACGCAGCGUGUUAUGGAACUCAAUGCGGGCAAAAUAUUCCCAAUAACGCUGGGCAGUUUUCUUAAUAUCGCAAAGUUCUCUUUCUCAUUGUACACGCUGAUCAAGAAAAUGGGCAUAAGAGAGCGAUUGGGACUGGAGUAAAGCCGCCAAAGUAUUAAUUGUUGUAUGUAUAAUUUUAAAAACAACAAAUAAAAAUACUUUUAUUUAUCUAAUAUUAUUAUAGUUCGGCAUUUCGUCUUUCGCUGUGGGGUUUUAUAAUUUUUCAGGGCACUUUAGCAUUUAAAACCAGAAAACUCAUUACAGAUUGAAGCUAGAUUUUCAAAGCCUCCGGGUAUACAUAUAUUGCCAAACAGUGUUAACCAUUAAUAAAAGCAAAAUAUAGCCUUUUAACCCUUUUUACAAACAGCAACCAAAAUAACUAUGCCCGUCCAAUGUUAAAUGGUGUAAAAAAUGGUGGACAUGUGUAGGGAGAGCAGAAGGCGAGUGGGUAGCAAAUAAUGUAAAAAAAAAACAAAUAGUUUUUAGAGAAAAAGCGAUAUUUUUUGUAUAUAUCUACUAUAAAGUAAAAAAAAAAUAUUUAAAAUUCUAAUUAGCAGACGAUUUGAGCAA